GUGAGGCCUUGCAGCCGACAGUACGGCAAAAAAAAGUGAAUGAAUGAAAGCAAUAAAAGAGGAAAUGCUGCAACGCGUAUAAAGGAUAUAUCAAAACAUAAUUAAAGACUUGUCUAUUUUAGUAUUACGUCUGUAAUCCGUCGUGAGUGCGGAGCCCAGUGUUUCGAGUGUGCUAGUUUGGAAACCCGUGCAAAAUGGCUGCUAUGGCCAGCGGACGACCACGCGAGCGUCUGCUCUAUGCCUUCCGUGGAUGGAUAGCCUUUGUGGCCUUCAUGGACCUGGGCACGGCAUUUCGUAGUUAUAUCGAGCGGCGGAGCUUUCUGGGCGAUCACAGCGACACGCAGUUCAUCGAAGGGGACUACACCAUAUCCCGUAUCAUUGGCAUGUACUGCCUGCUCAAGGCGAUUGCACUGGUCCACUGCACCCUCUACAUACACUACAGACCGGUCGUCAGCAUGGGCGGCUGUUCUUUGGCCCUCACCAUGGUCUUCUAUGCCACUGAGGCUCUCUACUUUCGCUCAAGCACACUCAACUUCUACGUGAUCUUCCCCUGCGUACUGAAUUCUAUUACACUCUUGGGACUGAUUUACAUACCCAGACGACUGCGCCUAUGGGAGCCCAAUAUGGAUCUGGACGAUGAAAACUCACAGUUGCUAAAGCAGAUGACGGGCUUCAAGCGAAGGCGUACGAAAAAGCAAUAAUUUCAUGUUUAACAUGGACUAUAAUUACACGAAGGAAACCAACCCAAUUGGGGUUCCCAUGAGAACAGUAUUGUGGAGGUCGCGGAGAGAGAAUCGCAUAUUAUCCGCUUUGGACUGCAUUGGUGUGAUAGAAAAAUGGCAUCAAGAAGAGAUUCAAUUGAAUAGCAAUACUGAAAACAACGCCAAAUUAGUGAUUUUCUAUGAAUUAGGUACGAAAGAGAUACGAUCAUCUCGGCAUAAGUCAAUUUCUGACAUAAUCACUUCAAGACAAGACAUGUUGUACUUCCUUUUUAUAAACCAUAUACAUAUUACAGUGUGUAUGUGUACCAUAAUCUAUAUACAGAUAUACAUAUGCAUGACACAAUAGAGUUUUUUGCACUUUUAAACGUUGACAACGCAUCUAACCUAGGAAUUAUAUUCAAAAUUAUCAAAGUUAGCACACAGUUUAAAAAUUCAAAUUGAAGGCUUUAAAAUUAUAAAUAAGUUUAUAAACAAGUAAUUAUUAUAACAUUACGUUGGACUUUUCCAUUAGGCAGGCACUAAUGUGCUUCUAGAAACGAUUAGCAAUUUUUGGAACAUGCUUCCGGCUCCUACAAUUAAGCGAACACAUGGUUACAACAUUUGAUACAUACUUAUCACAUAUGAAGAACACCUAUAUACAUCUAAAAACAAUAAAUCUUUUAUAUAU